GAUGGACGCUUUCUGCAACCAUGUUUCGAGUUCGUCUAAUUUUGGUUCUUCGUUCGAGUCUGAGUUUCCGAGCGUUUUCAGCGACAAGCUGGGUUUAUGUACGAAGACUAAAGUGAAAUUGGAACUGAAAGAAAAUUGCAAGCCUGUUUUCCGUCCAAAACGUCCGGUCGCAUAUACCAUGUACGAUGCUGUAGAUUGUGAACUAGAUCGGUUGGAGCAGUUGAAGGUUAUAACACCGGUAGAUUAUUCGGAAUGGGCUGCUCCAAUCGUCGUCGUCCGUAAAGCGAAUGGUACAGUUCGCAUUUGUGGUGACUACUCUACGGGACUCAAUGCCGCUCUCCAGUCUCACCAGUAUCCUCUCCCUUUACCUGAAGACAUUUUUUCGAAACUGGCUAACUGUAGAGUCUUCAGUCAAAUAGAUCUUUCCGAUGCAUUUUUACAAGUGGAAGUCGACGAAGAAUUUCGAAAUUUUCUUACCAUCAACACACAUCGCGGGUUAUACCACUACAAUCGUCUGCCGCCAGGUGUGAAAGUUGCCCCAGGUGCAUUCCAGCAAAUUAUAGAUGCCAUGCUAGCUGGACUUGGGGGUUGUUCUGGCUACCUCGAUGACGUAGUAGUAGGUGGUCAAAACGAGCAGGAACAUAACCGCAAUUUGAAAGCUGUUUUGCAGCGAAUUCACGAGUUUGGGUUCACUAUCAAGGCCGAGAAGUGUUCGUUUGGCCGGAAUCAAAUCCGGUAUCUCGGUCAUAUCAUCGAUUCCAGUGGGUUACAACCAGAUCCUGCCAAAAUCGAAGCUAUUGUCAAGCUGAAACCACCCACAGACGUUUCUGGUGUGCGCUCUUUUCUGGGGGCAAUAAAUUAUUAUGGGAAGUUUGUCCCGAACAUGCGGAAGUUGCGAUAUCCCCUAGAUAAUCUGCUUAAGACAGAAACAAAAUUUCUCUGGACACCAGAAUGUCAAGCUGCAUUUGAUCAAUUCAAAGCUUUCCUUUCAUCAAACGUUUUACUCACACACUAUGAUCCGAGGAAAGAGAUAAUCGUUUCUGCUGAUGCUUCAUCCGUUGGUCUAGGAGCCACCAUCAGUCACAGGUUCCCCGACGGCUCUAUCAAAGCUAUUCAACACGCUUCUAGGGCGCUGACUAAAGCAGAGCGCAACUACAGCCAACCAGAUCGAGAGGGUCUGGCAAUCAUCUUCGCAGUAACGAAAUUUCAUAAGAUGAUCUUCGGGAGACAUUUUCGUCUGCAGACUGACCAUGCCCCGUUGCUAAGAAUUUUUGGUUCGAAAAAAGGGAUUCCGGUUUAUACGGCCAACCGGUUACAACGUUUCGCGCUCACAUUACUUCUCUACGAUUUUGAGAUCGAAUACGUUCCAACAGCCAAGUUCGGGAAUGCAGAUGUUCUCUCUCGAUUGAUAGACCAACACCACAAAUCUGAAGAGGACUACGUCAUUGCCAGUGUCAUAAUUGAGGAAGAUGUGAAGUCAGUAGCAUUGGAUUCAAUCAGUGCGUUGCCUCUCAGUUUUAACGUUGUAGCUCAGAGCACUCAAGCAGACGCAACGCUUCGCAAAGUUUGCCGAUAUUUGACGAACGGUUGGCCAAAUGCGAAGCUCGACGAUCCCGAACUCAAGCGUUUUCAGGACAGGCAGGAUUCGCUCACAGUAGUGGAUGGCUGCAUUCUUUGCUGGAUGAAGGCCAUUGCGCGUAGCUACGUCUAUUGGCCCACCUUGGAUAGUGACAUAGUUGGAUACGUGAAAGCAUGUCAACACUGCGCAUCCGUAGCCAAAUCAGCUCCACAUAGUACUCCGGUUCCGUGGCCGAAAACAUCAAAACCCUGGCAGCGGAUUCACGUAGACUACGCAGGACCAAUCGAAGGAGAUUACUACCUCCUUGCCAUAGACGCAUUUUCUAAGUGGCCAGAAAUUAUAAAAACUGGUCGCAUUACUUCUGCUGCAACGAUUGGCAUUCUCCGGGGCCUUUUUGCUCGCCUUGGAAUGCCAGAAACACUGGUUACCGACAACGGAACACAGUUCACAAGUGCCGAUUUCUCCAAUUUUUGCACAACGAAUGGCAUCGAACACCUCACGACAGCUCCGUUCCAUCCUCAAUCAAAUGGGCAAGCGGAGAGAUUUGUUGACACAUUCAAACGAGCCACAAAGAAGAUUCGAGAGGGGAGAGGCACAAUCGCAGAAGCUUUAGACGUUUUUCUGCUCACCUAUCGCAGCACGCCGAAUUGUUAUUUACCGGAGGACAAAUCACCGUCUGAGAUAAUGUUCGGUCGUAAGAUCCGGACGUGUUUGGAUCUACUUCGUCCUCCAGUUGUUCAAGUUCCAGAUCAGCUAGUGAGUAAUCAGAAAGGCUUCAAGAAGAACGAUACGGUGUAAAGUUUUUUCGAAGAACCGCUGGAAAUGGGUUCCAGGCAUCAUCAUCGAACGAAUUGGACAGGUGAUGUACAACGUUUGGGUAGAACAUAGAAAUAUGCUGCGCUCCCACCUCAAUCAACUGCGUAGCCGAACCGUAGACCCACUGUCAACGAAGCAGUCAGAUUCCCUUCCAGAGCAGUCUCUACCACUGAACGUGUUGCUGGAAGCAUGGAAUAUGAAAGAACUAGCAAAACCGACACCUGAAUCGACUGUAUUGCAGCAUGUUUCAACACAGCAUUCAAGUUCUGCAACGGGACUCUUGAGUUCCGAUCGAACGUUGCAAAAUAUACCGGCGGGGCGUGUUUCUUCAACUCCGCGGCAUGAUAUGUCGCCUCCAUUGGAGUCAAGUCCUGCACCUUUGUCCUCACCGUCGACAUCAUCAACGGAAUCCAACGAUUAUGAAUCGGCGAUUGAGGCUCAACCGAUGGUACCUCUACCUCGGCGGUCUUCAAGGAUCCGAAGACCCCCGCAGUGGUUUGACCCGUACCAUCUCUAUUGAAGAGGGAGAUGCUGUAGACAACAGAUCGACUGGCAACAAUGCUGAUAACCUGUGGCUCGACCUGACAGUUCUAGCUGUGAGCGCUCCGAUGUCAACAAGAGGAAUAAAAGACAGAAGGGAUAAAUAUUUUUGUUAUGAUGUUUUAUGUAACACUAUUGUUCUUUUUAAUCUGUUAUUAAAUGUAGUUAUAAUCGUUAGUUUGUGUUUCAAUUCAAUGUCAAGAAACACACGGCGUAACACCGGGUGUUCGGGUUCGAUUCCCGUUCUGGUUGGGGGAUUUUUCGUCAAAGAAAAUUCUUCCGGCUUGCACUGUGGUCACGCGUAUUCUAGAGCUUGCCACUCCAGAGUACAUUCAAGGCGUGUUAUUCGGCAUAGAAAUCUCAACCAAGUAUUAAUGAACGACGCUAGUUAAUGAAUACGUUGAGACGGCAAAAGUUCCACAGGGAACGUUAACGCCAUUCAAGAAGAAGAAGAUAAAUUUCUCAAGAAAGACAAAGAGACAGUAAGACAAAGUGUUCUGGUGUCU